CAGAAAGGCUGAGGCACUAUGGCUUUGCAGAUGUUAAUUAACCUCCAAUCAUUCUUGCAAACGUUUACCUGGUGCACUUGGCUGGGUAUUUUAUUUCUGAUUCUCUCAGUUGUUGACUACAUUAUUAAUAAACCCCCAAAGAACUUCCCACCUCGACCGAUAUGUGUUCCUUUUCUGGGAAACAUUUUUCACCUAAGUACAAAACAGGCUCAUAUAGAUAUGAAUAAGCUUUCUAAGACGUACGGAGAAAUUUAUAGCCUACGACUUUCAAGUACUAGAGUUGUGGUAUUAUGUGGGUUAAACAUCUUGAAAGAAGCUCUUGUGAAUCAAGCUGACAUAUUUUCUGAUCGUGCAAAAUUGCCACUGCUUUUUGAGCUCUUUAAAGGCCAAGGGCUAUUGCACUCCAGCGGGACUCUUUGGAAACAACAAAGAAGAUUUGCUUUAACAACACUGAAAAACUUUGGUUUAGGAAAAAAGAGUUUAGAAGAGAGGAUCUUGGAAGAAAUCAAGCAUCUCCAUGUUGUGGCUGAAAAGGAGAAAGGACAACCAUUUGACCCCCAAAAUAUGAUUCAAACAGCUGUUGCCAACAUUAUUGCAUCUAUUGUUUUUGGAGACCGUUUCAAUUAUAGCGACAUUGAGUUUCAAGAACUUGUUUGUUUAUUUGCGGAGAAUUUGACACUGCAAUCAAGUAUAUGGACACAGCCAUACUUGCCUCCAAAUCCAUUUUCUUGCAGUCUGACUGACCAAUCCAUGUUGGGACAACCAUUUGACCCCCAAAAUAUGAUUCAAACAGCUGUUGCCAACAUUAUUGCAUCUAUUGUUUUUGGAGACCGUUUCAAUUAUAGCGACAUUGAGUUCCAAGAACUUGUUUGUUUAUUUGAGGAGAAUUUGACACUGCAAUCAAGUAUAUGGACACAGAUGUAUAAUGCUUUCCCAAAUACAAUGAAGCUUCUACCUGGACCCCAUAAGAAGAUCUUUAGAAACUGGGAGAAAAUAUUGCAGUUUGUGAAGGAAAGGGUUCAAGCCCACAAAAAGGAGUGGGAGUCAUCAUGCAGCAGAGACUUCAUUGACAGUUACCUAUGUGAGAUUGAAAAGUUUAAAGGUAGCGCUGUGUCGACAUUCCAUGAGGACAACUUGUGUUCUUGCGCUGCAGAUUUGUUUUUGGCUGGGACUGAAACAACUUCAACCACUCUUCACUGGGGUCUUCUGUACAUGGCUGUAUAUCCAGAAAUUCAAGAAAAAGUGCAGGCAGAGAUUGACAAAGUUGUUGGCCAUGGUCGAGAGCCGAGGAUGGAGGACAAGCUAAAUAUGCCUUACACUGAUGCAGUGCUUCACGAGCUACAGAGGAUCAGUAAUGUUCUUCCAAUAAGUGUACCAAGAUGCACAAACAAAGACACAAUGUUAGGAGGCUACUUUCUGCCAAAGGGCACAAUAGUCAUUCCCACUUUGACAUCAGUCUUGUAUGCCACGAAUGAGUGGGAGACACCAUAUGUUUUUAAUCCAGAGCACUUUCUGGAUGAAAAUGGUAAGCUGAAGAAACGGGAUUCAUUUGUGCCAUUCUCAAUAGGGAAACGAAAUUGCAUUGGUGAACAAUUGACUAAAAUGGAACUGUUUCUUUUUUUCACAUCUCUUCUUCAAAAGUUCACAUUCCAAGCUCCCAAAGGCACAAAACUAAGUCUCAAAGUUAAAGUAGGCAUCACGUUAUCUCCACUGCCAUAUAAGAUACAUGCCAUACCUCGAUUGCAAAGUUACAUUUGAACCUGCUGAAGGUUGAGACAAACCAAUAAUGUACCUUUGUGGCUUGAUUACAAUAAAGUAGAUGGUUGUAGAUGUCCUAACCAUAGAAAGUUUAAAAAAAAAUACAAUCAUAUAACCUCAAAAUAUGUUUAAAUAUGGUCAACAGUUCCUAAAGGAUCUGCCUGGAAAUUGGAAAGCAUCUUGUUUCCAGGCAAAUGCAAAAGUUAUUAAGUUGUUGACCUUGGAUUAAGCAGGAUGUGGAAAUGAGGCAUAUGGAUUACAGAAAUGACAUCAAACUUGAUGGAAUGAUUAGGAAACAUAUAACGUAGACCCACUGAGCUGGACUGUAGACUUAUUCUGAAAGCCAAAAGGCACUGGUGCAUGUGAUAAGUAUGUCAUAAGCAGCAGAUAUAACCAAACAUGUGUUAAGGAUCACCAUCAGAGACAGUGCCUGCUAUGUAUUCCACUGCACAAAAAUACUAACAGCACCUUAUGGACCAGGAAAAACUGGGACAAAACUAAGUGCAUAGGGAGGCCAUAUGAGACUUAGUUGAACUGCGUCACCCACACACACAGACUUAAAGGGUUGUGUGGAAUGCUCAUUCAACGGGGCAAAAAAGGUUUGUGUAGCACUAAUAAUCUUAACUACACUGGCAUUUCAGUGGCAGACAUAUUAGGUAUAUUGCAGGAUACAACCUCAUGUAUAUUACUCUAGUUUCUUGACAUCCUGUUACAGCAGGAGGAGGAGAGUACCUGGCUCCCCAGGAGUACAGAUACAACAGUUACUACUGUGCAGGCAUUUUACAGCAUAUUCCAAUUCCUUGAUAUCUUUGGAGGCACAGAUUACACACACAUUCCCUUUAAGGUCCCACCUGAUCCACAAUGGUAGAGUUGCAUCACUAGGAAGGGUUUCCACUCACUCAGCUGACAGAUGGUGUGUAAUGCCCAGCAUGUUAUAUAAUGUGUCCAACACCACCCAGGCAGUAUAGAUGAUUCACACAUAUGAUCAUCUGAGCUGCACCACCAGUUUUGCACAGGGGGACUUUCCACAGGGUCAUCUAAUUGGUAGCUGCAAACAUAAGCAGGUCACACAAAGCAGUAAAUAAAAAUGCUUAACACAUACACAUGAAAAAUGUUUCUACACACAUCUAGGACAUUAUUUAUCUACACUCUUGGUAUGUCACCAGCAAUUUAUAUACACUCUCACCAUUUCACCAAAACUACUAAAAUUCCCUUAAACCUGUCUCAUUUAUACAACCUGGUAGAAACUAAAAAGUAUAACUUUGCAUACAACAUACGAAAAAAGGUACAGAAGAUUCCUCCUUGAAGCACCCUGGCACACUAAAUCUAGCCCCCUAAAUCCAAAAACAUACUUAUUUUAAUUUAAAACUACAAGAUAAAAUAAAAACAAUAUUUAAAAAGAAUUACUCUGGACCCAUAUUUUCCACUCACUACAAUGUAAAACAUGAAAAUUGACACACUACAUAACAAAAAAGGGAGAAAGAGGGAGAAAAUAACAUCCCCCAAAACAUCUUACUCUACCUAAAGCAACAUCACAAACUCAGAUCACGAUUUUAUUUAAUUUAAAUAUGAUAAGUCAAGUAAAUUUCUUAAUUAAACAAAGUGAAACAUGGACCCCAUUUCCCAUUCACUACAGUGUAAAUAAAAAAAAAUAAUAAUUUUACAUACUGCUCACACAUAAUCCAUAUAUACAACCUCUCAAGAUAACACUUCCCACCUAACUAAUCCCUUAAGAAUAAAAUUCUUUCUUAUUAGAACUAAAAGGUUAAAAUAAAAUGCUAAUCCUAACAAACCUGUCAUUUGAGACGGAUCUGGAUUUGUAUUAUGUUCGGAGUAUUUGUUGAGUUUUUACACAGAAAUGUUCAUAACUUCUGAGUAUGUUCUCUUAUAAACAGUGCUGCAAUGAACUAACUAAGAAAUUUAAGGAGCAAUCUAAUCAGGAAUAACAGUAGCAAACCACAUUAACAAUACAGCCCUAAGAGUUGACCCAUUUAUUUGGUAUUUGGGAUCUUAAUUGGACAAUGAUUUAACUUUUAACCAAAAUGUGCCCAUUGUUGUAAGAGAGUCCUUCUAUACUGUACAGACAGCUUAUAAACAAAGGGAUUGUGUCUAGAUCAAGGGAAGUCAUUGCCCCCCUUUACUAAGCCUUCAUUAUUCCAAUCAUUGAAUAUAAUGCCUCUUUGGAAUGUAUCUCUCUGGACACAUGCAACAAACGGAACUCCCACAGAGAUACCUUACUAAUAGGAUACAAGACCUAAACAUGUCCUCCAACUCAAAGCCCCAUCAUUAUAUUUGGUAUCCUACAGACUGCUAAGAGGUGACCUUUGUUUGGCAUACAAGGCAUCAUCUGACCCAGUACUGAUGG